AAGCCUACUUCAUUCCCGCCAUAACCUCCAUUUUUGCAAAAUUCCUUUCAAAUUCUGCGCCUUCUGCGAUUAAUUUGCUGGAUUUCUCCAACUUUUCGCAUUGAAUUUCAUUGAUUUAUUCUUCUACGUGACAUGUGGCAUCCUAAAGAUGAACUCAGGCACGCUUUCACGGCGUGGGGAGUCUCAAAACCCUCACUUAUUGCUUGCCGGCUUCACCGAGAAGGAAUAACUUUAGGGCACCUAAUGAUGCUGAGAGAGACUGAUUUAGAGCGAAUUUUCUGCGAACAGGGUGACACGCAUCUCCUCAUUGAGAUGCGAUUCGUCCUCCAGGGGCUCAAAGAUGGGAGUUCGUUGAAUGUUAAGAGUACAAUCAACGAAAAUAACAAAUCGGUUUCAAAGAAAGUUAACCCAUCCGGGCAGGGUAGUUUCUACGGACCUCAAGACCUCUGGGCCGGAGGUCCACCAAGCGCCGGCGGAGGUCCGUCAAGUUCCGGAGGUUGUUCCUGCACAUACAACUCCUAUUGCCUCUAUCAUCAGUAA